AUGGCUGCCGAGUUCCCCAAACAUCCAUUUCUCCUCUCGGUCCGGGAGGUUGAGCAGGCCGUCGGCACAGAUGUCGACAAAGGCCUGACUUCCUCCCGGGCUGCCGAGCUGCAGCAACAAUACCCUCCCAAUGAGCUGGACGUGGGCGGCAGCAUUGCCUGGUAUACCAUCUUUAUCAGACAGCUAUGCAAUGCCAUGAUCCUGGUUCUCUUUUUCGCCAUGGCCCUGAGCUUUGGGGUGGCUGAUUACAUCGAAGGCGGCGUCCUGGCGGCCGUCAUUGUGCUCAAUGUCUCAAUUGGUUUCUACCAAGAGUAUGGCGCCGAGAAGAAGAUGGACGCGCUCCGUGCGCUGUCGUCUCCUAGCGCAAGCGUUCUCCGCGACGGCAAGACCAUUGUCAUUCCCAACGCCGAAGUCAUCCCCGGCGACGUGAUCAACCUCAAGAUGGGCGACACGGUGCCCGCCGACGUGCGGCUCUUCGAGGCCAUGAACCUGAACUGCGACGAGUCGUCGCUGACGGGCGAGGCCAUCCCCGUGGACAAGCAGACCAACAACGACAUCCUGGUGCCGGGCACCGAGAAGCCCGCCGCCACCGAGGAUGAGGUCGGCAUCGCCGACCGCAUCAACAUGGCCUAUGCCACCACCAUCGUGCGCAAGGGCCGCGGCCGCGGCAUCGUCGUCGCCACGGGCAUGCAGACCGAGGUCGGCAAGAUCGCCGCCUCGACUAACAAGAAGCGCCGCAAGGCCGGUCGCUCCAUGAACUGGAAGAAGUACGGCAAGGCCCAGCCUAUCAAGGGCGGUGCACGCCGCACGUAUGACUUCUUGGGCAAGUUUCUGGGUCUGACUGAGGGCACGCCGCUGCAGAUCAAGUUGGCGAAGCUGGCUUACUUUCUGUUCUUCUGCGCGCUGCUCCUGGCUGUGGUCGUGUUUGGCGUCAACAAGUUCGUCCAGCCGCUGCCGAAGGAGGUCGUGAUUUAUGCCAUCUCGACUGGUAUUGCCAUCAUCCCUGAGUCGCUCGUCGCUGUCUUGACCAUUUCCAUGGUUGUGGCGACCACUGUGAUGAGGAAGGCCAACGUGGUCGUUCGUGAUCUCUCCGCACUCGAAGCCCUCGGUGGCGUGACCAACAUCUGCUCGGACAAGACCGGCACCCUGACCCAAGGCGCCAUGAUUGUCAAGAAGGUCUGGCUGCCGCCGUCGCACAUCUACACCGUCUCUGGCUCAACCGACCCCAACGACCCCUACAAGGGCACCGUAGGCGACCAGCCGCAAGCCGAAGAGAAGAAGCGCGACUUCGACGAGGAGCGCACCACUCAAGCGAUCAAGUUCGACGGCGUGCCGGACGAGAAGCUCAACCCCAAGCCCGCGGAGCCCAAGAUGGCCGACAUGACGCCCGAGCUGCGCAUGUUCAUGCUGUCAGCCGCCCUCUGCAACCUGGCGACGGUGCGGUACGACGACGGCGAGAGCGCGUGGAAGACGACGGGCGAGCCGACCGAGAUCGCGCUGCAGGUGUUCACGCACCGCUUCGACCGCAACAAGAAGGCCAUGGAGGGGCUCGGCUGGAAGCAGGUGGGCGAGUUCCCCUUCGACAGCAGCAUCAAGCGCAUGUCGGUGGUGUACGACGUGCCGCAGGACAACGACGCGGGCAUCGACGCCGCCAACAGCAUCGUCUUCACCAAGGGCGCCGUCGAGCGCGUGCUCGACCUCUGUGCCUACGUCGGCACCGGCGACAACCAGGAACCCAUGACCCCCGAGAUGAAGGACAAGAUCCUCGAGCAGAUGACCAGCUUCGCCUCCAUGGGCCAGCGCGUGCUGGCCGUGGCUUACCGCCCCUGGAACGGCAAGUACGACGCCGCCGCCGCCGCCACCUCCAACCCCUCCGGCAACGACAACGACAGCGACCCCACCGAAGACGCCGCGCGCACGGCCGUCGAGCAAGAUCUUAUCCUCCUCGGUCUAGCUGGUAUCUACGACCCGCCACGGCGCGAGACCUCCCCCUCCAUCUUCGAGUGCUCCAAGGCGGGCAUCAAGGUGCACAUGCUGACGGGCGACCACCCGGAGACGGCCAAGGCGAUCGCGCGCGAGGUGGGGAUCCUGCCGAGCAACAUGGGGGUGCUGCCCUCGGGGGUGGCCAACACGGUGGUGAUGAAGGCGACCGACUUUGACAAGAUGACCGAGGCCGAGAUCGACGCCCUCGAGGAGCUGCCCCUGGUCAUUGCGCGCUGCGCCCCCGAGACCAAGUCGCGCAUGGUGGAGGCGCUGCGGCGAAGGGAUGCCUUCAUGGCGAUGACGGGUGACGGUGUGAAUGAUGCGCCGUCGCUGAGCAGGGCCGAUGUGGGCAUUGCGAUGGGCUCGGGCAGUGAUGUGGCUAAGUCGGCGGCCAAGAUUGUGUUGACCGAUGAUAAGUUCAACAGUAUUGUUUCUGCGAUCAAGGAGGGCCGCCGCAUGUUCGAGAACAUCCAGAAGUUCGUGCUGCACCUCUUGAGCAGCAACGUCGGCGAGGUUAUUCUACUGAUCGCCGGUCUCGGGUUCCAAGACGAGACGGGCUUCUCGGUCUUCCCCAUCUCCCCUCUGGAAAUUCUGUGGAUCAACAUGGUCACGUCGUCGUUCCCGGCCUUCGGGCUGGGCCGCGAGAAGGCGAGCGCCGAGGUGAUGCGCAAGCCGCCGCACGACAAGCGCCGCGGUGUCUUCACCAACCAGAUCCUGGCCGACAUGAUGGUGUACGGCCUGCUGAUGGGCACCUGCACGCUCAUGACCUUCGUCAUUGUGGUCUACGGCAUGUACGACGGCGCGCUGGGCCACGACUGCAACCGCGUCUUCUCGGACUCGUGCAUCCCCGUUUUCCGGGCGCGCGCGGCCGUCUUCGCCGAGCUCACCUGGCUCAUCCUACUCAGCGCGUGGGAGUUCAAGGACAUCCGGCGGUCCAUGUUCCGGCUCAACCCCGAGGACACGUCGCGGUUCCCGCUGUUCAAGGACCUGUACAACAACCGGUUCCUCUUCUGGGCGGUGGCCAUCGGCCUGGUCAGCGUGUUCCCGACCGUGUACAUCCCCUACCUCAACCGCGACGUCUUCAAGCACACGGCCAUCAGCUGGGAGUGGGGCGUGGUCAUCGGCAUGACGGUGGUCUACGUGCUGGGCAUCGAGGCGUGGAAGUACACCAAGCGCACGCUCAACAUCCUCGACGACCACAAGGUGGUCCAGGGCAGCUGGUCGCAGGGCGAGGAGGGCACCAAGAAGUUCUACAAGAGCAUGGGUCUCGGCAACAUCAAGAACUGGCUGAGCGCGGGACGCACCAUGAGCGCCAGCCGCACCGAGUCUCGCUCCAAGGCGCAGUCUGCGGGCGCGUUGACCCCCGCGACGACGCAGCAGAGGACCGCGCAGGGUAUUCCCCCUGUGUGA